GCGACGCCAGAACAGAUUCUAUUAUACGCGCAAUCUCUCUCUCUCUCUUCCCGACUUCCCCUCGCUAUUAUUAAUAGUACUCUACUCUUCACCUUCAAGAUUCUCUCUCCACUAAUUACUCCUCUGCACGUUCUAUUCUUUCCUCUCAAUUACUAAAAUAAAAGGAAAUAGUCUAUAAUUUAAAUCUCUCACAGUCACAGCAUCUAUCUCCAAUCAAACCCCACCACGUGUGAAUACCAACCAAUCUGGCCCUCCUUCACGAACCCCAAAAUAACCGCACUGUUUCCCUUGAAAAGCCCAUCCUAAUUAUAAAAUUUUGUAAAUUAAUCCCUGCUAGUAUUUAUAUUUUGUUGGCAUGGUUGUUAUUCCCCUUCAUUUUCAAAGACAUUAAACAGCACCACCAGCAGGCACCAACAUCUCUCUAGUAUCUACUCGUCCCUCUGCAUUACAUAUUCCUCUUUCCCAUCUCCUCUCAUCGUUCUUAUACAAAAAAAAAAAAUGGGAAUGGACUACUAUGGUAUACUGAAGGUAUCAUCAAAAGCAAAUGAAGACGAACUGAGAAGAGCAUACAAGAAACUAGCAAUGAGAUGGCACCCUGACAAACACCCAAGUGGAGCUAAAGGAUUAGCCGAGGCUAAAUUUAAGCAGAUCUGUGAAGCUUAUGAUGUUCUCAGUGAUUCUCAAAAGCGUCAGAUCUAUGAUCUUUACGGCAAAGAUGGUUUAAAUUACAAUGUUUCUUCUCCCUCUGCUGCGCCUCCUCGCACCACUGCCCCUUCCUUCAAAUACAAUCCUUCUCCUGUUCCCGAUGAUCUUUUUGAUGAUUUAUUUCCUCAUAAUUCCUGCUCUCCCAAAUCUGAUAAUACUUUCAAUUUUAAUAUUAAUAGGACUCCUAGUCCUUCUACUGACAAGAAAGCUGCGGCGUUGGAGAAUAAGUUGGUUUGUACCUUGGAGGACUUGUAUAAGGGUUCUAAACGCAAGAUGAAGAUUGAACGUGUUGUCUCCGAUCAUUCUGGCAUGCCCAUGAAUGUAGAAGAGGUACUCGCAAUUGACAUCAGACCAGGAUGGAAAAAGGGCACGAAAAUAACAUUCCCUGAGAAAGGAAACCAAGAAGCUGGUCUUGUACCUGGAGAUCUCAUAUUCGUGAUCGAUGAGAAACCUCACCCAACAUUUAAACGAGAUGGGAAUGAUCUCAUAGUGAACAUGAAAGUGACACUUUUGGAGGCGCUUACCGGUAAGACUAUCAGUAUGACAACGUUGGAUGGAAGAAACCUUAACAUUCAAGUAUCUGAGAUUGUGAAACCAGGUCAUGAACUAGUAAUAUCUGGUGAAGGAAUGCCAAUUUCUAAAGAACCCAAAAAAAGAGGGAACUUAAGGAUUAAAUUCGAAGUUAAGUUUCCUACUCGGCUUUCCGCAGAUCAGAAAGCUGAUUUAACAAGAGUAUUAAGUGGAUAUGGAAGAGGAAGAGAUUGAUCAAAUGUUUAUAUAGUAUACUUAAUUAAUCUACCACAAAAGAUAAAGACCGGUUUUUAAUGCAGCACAAGUAUAAUACUACUACUACUCUAAAGUAUUACUACUACUAUUUAACACUGACUGUGAAAUGUGAAUGUAAAUACUCCAAAGUGUUUUGUUGGGUUUGUUUUGUAACUGUGCAUACUAGGCAGUUUGCAGGUUUAUGAUUUACAGUUGCGAAUAUUAUUUGCAAUGAAUUAGUGUAGCGAGCUCAAGGCUCAAGGAUCAAGGUUCACGGCUCAAGGCUCAACCGCUCAAGGCUCAAGCCUAAAGGAGGGAAUGGCCAAGUUUGUAUAUGAGUACACUAGUACUUUUCUUUUACUUUUUCCCCAUUUUUGUGUAUUUUUUGUUUUCGGUCAAGCGAUGCUUAAAUGUAAUGCCAAGUAUGUGUUGCAUUUUCUCUUAGACCUCAUUUGGAAUGGAAUAUGGAUUCUAUUAUCUGAUCCUAAUCCUAUCCUUUUUCGUGGAAGUGCCAUUUUGCGAUUUAAUUUACUUAUCACUCUUUGUUGCUGAUCUUUCUCCACUUGGAUUUAGGAUUGUGAAUUAAUAAUUGAGAUGUCUAUGUUUAAAGUUUGCCUUAUUUAA